GCAGGUGCCCGGCCGGCCUUCCUGGCAGCGGCGGCGGCGGCGGCGGCCCUGCGGAGCGAUGGGCGGCUCGGGGCCGGCCUGGCGGGACUCGCUGCCCUACUACUACUGCGUCAAGUUCGCGCUCUCGGCGUCCUCCACCCUCUUCUCGAUGGUCGGCCUUGUCAUCUUCUGUGUGGGCAUUUAUGCCGAAGUGGAAAGGCAGAAGCACCGGACCCUGGAAGGGCUCUUCCUGGCCCCAGCCGUCAUUCUCAUCCUCCUGGGCCUCACGAUCUUUGCCGUUUCUUUUAUUGGCAUGGUGGGAUCCCUCCGAGACAACCAGAUGCUGCUGAAAACCUUCUUCUGGGUCCUUUCGGCCAUCUUCAUCACUGAGCUGCUGCUAUUGUUGGUUGAAAUCAUCUUCGAGAAGCAGAUGAAUGCAGUGUUCCAUUCCAGCAUUCAGGAUGGAAUAAGACACUAUUAUGACGACUUGGAUUUCAAAAAUAUUUUGGACUAUGUUCAGCAAAAGUUUUCCUGCUGUGGAGGCGAUGAAUUCAGUGACUGGCACGUGAAUCCAUACCACGCGUGCAAUGGCAGUGGCCCUCUGGCCUGUGGAGUGCCCUACACCUGCUGCGUCAGGAAGGCGCCAGGAGAAGUCAUCAACACCCUGUGUGGAUACCGGACACUCAACCAAGAGCGACUGGAGCUAGUGAACACGAUCCAUGUCCGCGGCUGCAUCCACGCAGUGAGCUUUUGGUUCAAAGACAAUUUUGAAUCCACUCUAGCCAUUGUUUGCUCUCUGCUCCUUCCUCAGGUCUUCGCCUUGGUGAUGUCCUGGCUGCAUUGGCAGAAGCUGAACGAGAUUCAUUCCCAGAUGGACGCUGUGGACUUCAAGCAGCUAGACUGGAGCGACUUCAAUUUUGCCGCGCUGGACCUCACAGGAGCCGGCUGGUGCUGGUGCUUGCCCCGAGAAGGUGGCUAUAUCCCCGUCUGCAACCGAGACGAAGAGAGCGAGGCCGAGGCUGCCACCACCAGCCGCCACAGCCCAGUGUGAAGCCUCCGGCCGCUUGUAGCACCCACUCCGAAGAGGCUGCCCAGUGCCAGCUGGCCAGCCAAAAGAGCCGAGGCUUGGGGCUCCUAAGCCAAGAGGUCUGUGGGUGACCUGUGGCCUUCUGAGACCGAUACACAACCACCCCGUCGUUGUCUUUGCAUUCGAGGUUGAGUUUAAAAUUCAAGUAGGUUUUUCCAGUUUGGGGACUCUGAACUUUUAAUGUUUUUUUAUUAUUAUUUUUUUAAAAAACUGAAAAUAUAGAAGCUUUUUUAUUUUAGAAUUUUUAGAUUUUAGAACUUUAGUAGAAAAAAGAAUCCUGGGUGUUUUUUACACCAGGUGGUUAAAAUAUUGCCCCUGAAUUUUCCUACACAUUACCUAGUAGAUGGUCCAAUGUUAGCACUCAUUUCAAAUCCAGUUAAUGCUUUUAUUUCCAUAAAAGUCUCCUGAUGACUUUAAAGCAGUUUUUUCAGGACAAAAACCCAACCAGUCAAGAAUCUUGUAGUGCUGACAAUCCCAGUGUUUUCCAUUUUACAGACUACGGUACUAAUACCACCAUCAAAAAAUUCUGAUGACUGAAAAGCAAGAAUUUGGCGCGAUAGGUAAUGAUAUAUAUGGAUCUCCAAAAUGAAAUAAAUCUUAUGUUCCCAUUUGAAAGACUGCAAAACAUUUACAGAUGUGGCAAUCCCACGUUUUUCGCCCCUUUGAAAAUUCACCUUUAUUCCGGCUCUAUCCCAGAGCGUUCACAUGCGAUAGAAGCCUUGGGCCACCAAAAUGGACCGUGAGUAGCGUAAUGUAACCAGUCGGACCCAGUGGAUCACAGUGAACGGGUGUUGGAGGACAAAGCGUAUCGUUACCUUCACUGAUCUUGAGCAGAAGGCCUGAAAAAGAGGCACGUUCUGCAUUGAUGGAAAUUUCACAGCAACACAGGGGGUUAAAUAAAUAGCGGCCUAUCCUAAUGGCCCGUG